AUGAGCUCAGUACCAACAAGCAGACGAACGGCAGGAGGGACAGCCACCCGAGUCAGGCCGGCACGCACAGAAACUGCAAACAAAACUACUGCUACUGAUACAACUACUAAGACCAAAAAGAGAAUUAACUUGGCCGGAUCGACUGCAGUGAUCUCGGACUACUUCCAUUAUGCUAUCAAUUGCAUCCUCUUUCAACGCGCCAUUUACCAGCAGUCUGACUUCAAAAUGGUCAAGAAAUUCGGCCUUAACAUGAUGAUCGUCGAGGAUGAAUCGAUUGCUGAGUAUCUGAAGAAAAUCGUCGAUCAGGUUCGGGUGUGGUUAAUCGAAGGCAAGAUCACCCGACUAGUGCUAGUAAUCCAACAGAAGAGCGAUGGCGAGACGGUCGAACGAUGGGAGUUCGAUGUGACGGUGGAAGAGCCACCGAUCGACGACCCGAACAAUGUCUCUCAACCUUCUUCCCAAGCCCCUGCUUCCUCCUCUUCAAAAAAAGAUAAACAAGCUGGCAGUAAGACCAAGUCGAAAUCAUUGGCCGAGGUCCAACUGGACAUCCAGGAAAUCAUCCGGCAAAUCAUCUCUAGCGUCUCCUUUUUACCGAUCCCCACUGAACCACGAACAUUCAAAGUAUUAGCAUAUACUCAUUCAGUUGGACAAGAUGAAGCGACUGAAUGGAACGACAGCGACGCGUUUGAUAUCACUGAACGAGCUGAGCGGGUAUCUCCUCCUCCUUCAACCCCUGCUUCCUACUCAAGACUCUCGGAAAAACUCAAAUUGAUCAUCCCCGAUGCGCGUUUCUUUGUCAUAGGUUAA